AUGUCCUUCUCAAAGCCAGUCCUCCCCGACACCUUCCCGACCUGCCCAGUUGGGGAUGGCAUCCCUGACGGCGACAACCAUCUUGAGGGCUGUGCAGCGCAAGUGCUCAACGGUGACAAUUCUGUCAACGACUGCGCGGCGCAGGGCCCCGCGGCCCCGCCAGAGAGCAACUAUUUAAACGGCAAGAAUUGCGACUCUGCCCAAAAUACUUCCUCUGAUUCCAAGAAUGAAGACUCGUCGUCCCAGAAGGUGAACAAGAACAACAAACCAGCUGGUACCAAGACCUGCGUGGUUUGCAACAAGAUGGAUGGCAAAUACAAGUGCCCGAGGUGUCACAGCCCAUUUCCGCCCACUCCGGCCCCCAAGAGCAACAAGUGCCUGAAGAUGUCCGAUGAUGACUGCGGCACCGCUUCUGUCAAGACUGCUGAGCAUACCUCGCCCUUGGAGGUCAUUGCCCAAAAGCAUGGUGAUGAGAUCUCCAAUUUUGUGGCCAAGCACCCUGGGCUGGAGGAGGUCCUCCAGGACAUCCUGAUGGCGACCAUGCCACCCGGCGAGCGUGGCCUCCAGUCCCUGCAGUCGCGUUUUCCGACCCUAUUCAAAACCAACAAUCCCAACGCCACCUGGGACAGGGAGAUGGGCAUCCAGAAUGGGGUUGAGGCUCUCCGCCGCGCGAGGAAGCACCCUGAGAUCGGCCAUGCGGUGGACGAAUUCUUUGAGUUGAUCACUUACCUGCUAGAUAAGGAGGGUCUGCUUGGUCCCGCCGCGGCCUCGAAGCUGGCUGAUAGCAACGCCCCUUCGGGCUGGCUGGAGUAG